AUGAAGCACUGGCAGCUGCUCACUUUUGCGCGGUUGCACUACCACCUCUGCAAGGUGCGGAAGAAUCCCAAAGUCCAUGCCGGUGCCCCGCUCUUCAGCAUCUGCGAGAACCUGCACACAAAGUUUGUGAUUGGCGUCGGCUUACCUCUUUACUACAACUCCUUGGUCUUUCUUCUCAUCCUCUCGGUUCUUCUGUUCCUGGGUGCCCAUUUUGCUUUGGAUAGCGAUUCGCAAAGUCUCUUCAAUUAUUCUGGGGUGUCCUCAAGUCCGCUGCAGUUCCACGGCGUGCCGCUGUAUCCAUCGGCCGAAGGCACGUCGGAUGCGUCGAUAUGUAGCUGGGCUAUGGAUGACCAUGGUCUCACACGCUUCAACGUGGAUACCACUGCACAGGGCUUCAUGCGACGGCUGUCAACGAGUGUGCUGUUCCUUUGGUUCGCUGCCAUGCUGAUCAUGCUGGCGCAUGCCUGGUUUCAGCUCAAGCACGCCAAGUGGUUCGAGUCACAGCACCUCACGAUGAAGGACUUGACAUGUUCUUGCAGGGCGACACUGCAACUAGUUAGAGAAGAACGGCAGAAGCCACACUGUAUCCCAACGGCCGGAGCAUCCAAAACCCUCAGAGAACCUUGCUCGGAGGAUUUCGCUCUGGUUCUGCGCCUUGACUGA